AUGGCUCUCGGAGUAAAUGUUUCCUCCGAUAAUUUGGACGUUGGAGGUUUCCACAACACCACAACUUCUCCACAAGAAAAUUGCGAAAAACUAGGAGUUACCAUGAGUCCGAUACAAGUAACAAUGGUUUUAAUACAUGUUUCUACGUUGUUAAUUGCUCUAGCAGGAAACACACUUCUUAUACUUGCGUUCGUAAGAAUGAAACAAAAGAUCGCUGUCUUUAUUGCCAACAUGGCGGCCUCUGAUCUACUUGUCGGAGUUUUUCUGAUCCCUCGUUUGAUAACAAGAGAAAUCACCAGAUCCAACGCCUUCCUUGUUCACGGAUUAGGAGGACUAAUUCUCUGUAAGAUGUCCACUUUCUUGAGUGACGUAUCUCUGUCGGUAUCAACACAGAACUUGAUAUUGAUCGCCGCGGAGCGCUUCUUGGCUGUAGUAUAUCCUUUCUUGUACAAGAAAAUCACCGUGAGAACUCGCUAUGUGCUCAUUGCCGUCACAUGGAUCCUGGCCAUGACAUUGCACUCGCCCUAUUUCUACAUUUUUCGACUGAUUACACAUAAAAAACAAAAUGGCACAGGAACCUUGUUUUGUGUGCCAAGCUGGGAACCCGCCUUUAGCAAUGGAUCAGCUCAAUUACACUAUAUCACCUUUUUGUACGUUACAGUUGUAUUUAUGCCCCUCCUUGCGGUGGCAAUCUUGUGCCUUACGACGAUGAUCAAGCUUCGGAGGGUUGACAAAAUGGUGACUGGUCUGAGUGAAAAUAGAGCUCGCAGAAAAUAUGCACGUAACAAGAAUUUAAAAAGGAUGGUCACAGCUACUUUAACAGCGUUUUUAACAUGUUGGACGCUCUUUGUUGUUAUUACUUUUCUGCAGCUUUUUUCACCUACGUCAGUUCCUGAAUGCAGCGAAACGUUUCAAAUAAUUUAUUUUAUAUCUCGGGUGUUAGUAACCUCUUACUGCGCUGUUAAUCCUUGUAUUUGUUUUAUGUUCCUAAAAGUCUUUUCUCGCGAAUUGAGUGCAAUGUGCAAACGGAACCAUCAACGCGAUACAAAUGGGGGUAAAAUG